AGAUUUUGAGUUAGAUUACUUGAUCACUCCAAUUGCCAAACUACGUGGAACGUACUAACAUAUACCUAUUACAUUCGCACAUGACAGAUUGCAUUCCGCUUCUUGGUGAUCGCAGAUAUUGUAAAAUGAGUCGUCCAAACAUCAACCUUAAGAGAUUUGCUUAAGAGUGAAUUCAGCUUUACUUAAAGCGUUAUAGAAAAUAGAUAGUAUCACCGAAUCACAAGUGAUCGCGCUUCAGGCAAAUCACUAGUUGAAUAACUGUCUAUUGCGAAUAACGUCUAUGCUAAUGUCAUCUAGAACCUACCUUACGUAUCGAGUUGGCAACAGAGUGUGAUCAUCGCCAUCUUUUAUUCAUUUCAUUUUCAUUUUACAUGAAAAAAUUAAUUUAUUUUCUUGACAUUGGCAAAAUUGAUUAAAAAAGAAGAAGAAGAAGAGUUGGCAACACUGGUCACUGUCAGUGUCAAUAUUAUGUCUGUGUCAAUGUCUAAUAUUGUCAAUUGUCGAGGUCGUAGAAACAAAGCGAAAGUAUUACUGAAUUUAUCGUAUGUGCAUGUUAAUUAUAUGAUUUGAUUAUGUACGAGGUAUUAUGACGUAUUGACUUUACGUUGACUGUAUUCAUACCGUAUUUAAUUGAUAAAGCAUAGAACUGUAAUUCUGUGUUAGUCCCCGGUUGUCGGUUUGUGCAUAGAGUGCUUCGUGUGAUCCGUGUCCCCCCGACUGCAACGACAUUUAAGAGAUUGGAUGUAAAUAACUGUGGAUGAUGUUGAUUAUGAAUCUUUGGAAUUUAUCGACAUUACUAUUUAUUCUACCUAGUUUAAUCAACUGUGCAGUAAUAGUUAACGAUGCCGAUAUUGAUGAACAAGGGCUGUACAGUAAGUCCGAUCACGUCGUUAUCCUCACCCAGCGCAAUUUCGAAAGAAGGGUUUAUGGUCAAAAUCAUGCGGCCGUAGUUCAAUUCUAUAAUAGUUAUUGUGGACAUUGCAGAGCUUUUGCACCAAAAUUUAAAGCUUUAUCAUCAGAAAUUGUUCCUUGGAGAAAUAUUAUUCAACUAAAAGUUAUAGACUGUUCUGUUGAAGAAAACAAUGAGAUAUGUAGAGAAUUUGAAGUGAUGGCUUAUCCUUCCUUGAGAUACAUUCAUGAGCAUUAUGUGAAGGCUAAUGGAAAUGUUGGUGAUAGAAUAAUGAUGACAGACACAGGUGAAAAGUUAAAGUCGCAUUUAAUAACUAAGAUGCAGACAGAGCAAUCUAUGGGUCGUUUAGCUUUUGCACCUAAAUUUGAUAUUGCUUCUUAUACCUCUUAUGCUGGAGCAGUUGCUGGUGUACCGCAUGAUGUCACUUAUACAUUCCUUGUUUUUGAAAAUGAAAAUUCAACUGUUGGAUCUGAACUCGCAUUAGAUAUCAAUGAUUAUAAACAAAUCAAAGUGAAACGUGUUUAUGACAUUUCUGAGUUGGCAGCUGUGGCUGGUUUGACCCAUUUCCCAGGGUUAGUAGCAGUCCACUUAUCAACCUUACAACCCACACCCUUGACUCCUAUAAAUCCAACAAAGCAAAAUUUACUAAGGACUAUAAACACAUUUUUGAAGUCAAAACAAUACAUAUUCCCUGACAGAGAUAUACCAGAUCCAGAAGCCAACACAAAUGAACAUUCUGAUGAAAACAACCAACCCAAAUCUAAUACAGACACGGUUUACUACAGUGAUUUAGAAAAAACUCUUAAAACAAGUCUGUACACUGAAAUUACUCGACAUAAAAUUCUAUCAGGAGAAGCAUUGAAUGCUUUAUUGAGCUAUUUGGAUGUGCUCAAAACAUCCUUCCCUUACAAAACAAAUAAUUUAAGAGAUUUCAUUGAAGAUUUGUACAACACUCUUCAGACAAGAAUGGAGUGGAGUGGUGGUGAUAUAUAUGAUUUGGUGAAGAAAUUAGAAAAUACCCAUGCUCCUAUAUUUAUUACACAAUUAGAAUAUAUUGGUUGCAAGGGAAGCCAGUCCAAAUAUAGAGGUUACACCUGUGGGCUUUGGACUUUAUUUCACACUUUAACAGUAAAUGCAGCACAAAAGUCUGGAACCAAAGGUCCACAAGUACUGAGGGCGAUGCAUGGUUAUGUUAAACAUUUCUUUGGAUGCACUGAAUGCUCAGAACAUUUUCAAGCGAUGGCUGCAAGAAAUCGACUGUUUGAUGUAAAAGAAAAUGACAAAGCUGUCCUUUGGUUAUGGAUUUCCCAUAAUGAGGUUAAUUUAAGACUGGCAGGUGAUUUAACAGAAGAUCCAGAAUAUCCAAAGAUUCAAUUUCCAAGUGUAUCCAAGUGUCCUGAAUGUAGACUGGCACGCGGAGCAUGGAACCUUCCAGCUGUAUAUCAAUACCUGGAAAACAUGUAUGGUGCAGCUAAUAUUCAAGAAUUUAGAAAAUCACGCUCAGCUGCUUCAGCACCCAGUCCGUUCUCCAACCUCGACAUUGGAAUGUUAAGCCUCCUUUUGGUUCUUCGUGUUUGGGCGGACAGUCUUCUAGACUAAGGUACAUGGGUUAGGGUUGCAUUAGAGGUGGCGGAGUCUGGAGCUUGACAUUCACUUACCUAUAUGGGCUAUGGAACACUGCACUAAACAUAUUGUAUUAUAAUAGGCUUUCUUAGAACACUCGGCUUUUUUGCUAUCUAGUUAUCUUUAAAAGAUAAAAAAUAUUAGAGCAAUAAGAAGAUACCAAAAUACUCUUAAGAUGUAUAAUAACUUUAUAUUAGAUCUGAAUACCUACAUACACAAAAUUGUAAUGAAAUUAAUCAUCAUGUGAAAGUAAUAAUAUUAUUUAUUUCGCUUUCGCUGUGACGUAAAUAAAACUUUAUUUUUACAUUUUUUUCUUUGGUGAUACGCUUCAGUGAACCCCACCUUUCACUAUCAUUUCCCGCUGCUUUGCUACUAUAUCUUACAAGCAAAUCGAUUUUUGGUAAGUCAACAGUACAUCGAUUGACAAAUUUUCCCCAUCGAUUCUAAACUUAAAUGCACACUUAUUAAGGCCUGAUAGUCAUUGAAGAAAUUUGGAAAUAUUGUAUAAAAUGAUGCGCUGUUGACUAGUCCAAGUUGUAACUGUAGAAGGAUAAAACGAUUUCCUAAUCAUUAUAUGAGGACAGAACGAAACGGAUGCAUAUUGUUGUUAUUUAAAACAAAUAAAUCCUCAAAUGUGUCAAAGAAUGAAACAUCCAGUAAAUUUGCAAGUUUAUUGGAUAUACAUUAAUAAAAACACGUCAAUACACAUACAUAAUUUACUGAAAAGGAGAACAGCGAAUAUGACCAACUUACAACGAGAGUUCGGAAAUUUAAAUGUGCAGACAGUAAACUCCAUUCGUAUAGUAAAGCUAAAAUAAAGAUAAAUAAGUUUUCAAUGAAGGUUUGUUAGUAGAAAAACUCGAUUAUAUAUGACCAAUAUUUACCAUUCUCCUUUCGGAUUCACACAGACUAAAAACUUAGGUAUAUUAUUGUGCCACUCUCAGUGCUAGAAUUUCUUAUCAAGUAACGACGGCAUAUAGUACCCUCCUUAAAUGUCACCUUUUAGUAGGCGAGAUAAGCUUUAUGCAAAUAUAUAUAUGAUGCGACGUAAUAGCAGCAGUUGUAACACAAUCAUUGAUUUAUAAUUUCCUAAUUAAAAUAAACAUUAAUUAAUAAUAAUAUUUGUGGGUAUAUGAGAAAAGUUUUACAUUUCAAAUGCAUGAAUAUUAUAUAUUGUAAUGUAAAUGAAUAUUGUAAAAUUACAAAUACAUUUCCAGUAUUACAAAUAAUUUUUAUUUUUGUACGAAUAAAAUUGCACAUAUAUGGAAUAAUGCCUCUAAUAUAAUUACGUUCAUUUGCACAUAUCAAGUUACGAUUUAUCGUUUUAAUUGUGCGGACAAAAGCGAUGUCCAGAUAAAGCAAAAGUAAACAUUCACUUCUGAAGUACAGAUAAUAUACAAAAUAUUAAAUAAUCGCUAUUCAUAUCGUUACUACUGUUUUCACUUAAAACUUAAUAGAAAAGUUAAUACUAUGGCACCAUAGCAAACUAAUGUGAGGUAAAUGUGUUUUAAUUAAUCGACUGGCUUAAAUAUAAAAUUAAACCUAUAACACUAAUCGCAGUUUUAAUGUGACAAAUAUGUUUUAUAAUUAGGUAUUAUUUAAUUAAAGAAGUAUAAAAAAUUCUGCAAAAGACAAUGUAAAAAAAGUUUCUCAAACAUUUUAACAAAUUACCUAUGAUCACAUAAAAGAUCGUCAGGAAUUAAAAAAAAUAACAUUAAAAUAAUAUUCAAUUAAUUAACAUAACCAAUAUAAUUCAUAAGUUAUGAAACAUUAACACACAGAUUUUGUAAAAUUUACUACCUAUGUGAGGCCGAAAUAUAUGUAUUAUGAGAUACAAUAUUCUUGACACAUCAAUUAGGUACCUACUUUAAAAAAAAUCCAAUCAAGUGGAUUUAUUAUUUUAGAAAAUGACAUUAAUAACAUCUACGAACCCGCUAAAUCACCAUUAGAAUUUCUAUACUGCACUCUUUUGAACACCAAAUAUUUCCAAUUUACCCUAACCACAGUUUCGCUAAAUAAAAAAAUAUAGGUAUAUUUUUUUUUGUAUAACAGUCAUUUGUCAUCAUCUACAUAAUUUGGGAGAAAAUUUAGGCGAUUGGUCAUAACUUCAUUUAAUUCAAUGGUUCCCGACCUUUCCAUUAUUAGCCUUGUGACUUAUUAUGAAAACAGAACGCAAUGUUUAACACGAGAUCCCUCCUGAAAGAUAUCUAUGGACACUUGUGAUCUUAUCUUUUUAUUUCAGCUUGAAGCAUGGUUUAAACCAUAUUCCAUAAUAAGACGGUAUUAUUAUGAACAAAGUUUCUUAAUUAUGGGUUUUAUGUAACCCUUAUAGAAUGACUGAAUUUUGAAAUGUUGAUUAGGAACCACUGAUUUAAUUUAACAUACGCUAGAACAACACUUAUACAAUGUUUUCUCGUUAUAAUCAAAUUACAUGUUUAUCUCGUUAUCUACGCAAUUAUCAAAAUACACAUCUCACAUCUCCGGCCACAGCUCUAAAUAGCCAUACUAUAAUAAAACCUUAGCAGUGGUGUAUGUUACGUGAGGACAGUAUAUGAGUAAAUAAUUAUGGGCGGUUAUCUUAUUUGCUGAUUUGCGAGAUUCCUCGGUAUAGAACUUUAUCACGACAUUUAAAUAAUUUUUUUUUUAAUAUUCAUUAGAUCGUUUUAUAAGUUUACAUUUGAGUAGCCUCCCUCGUAACAUUAAUGUAUUUUUACCCAGAACUGGGUCCUACAAAACAAAUAGAUGUAUAUGAAUCCGUUUUUGAAACGAUGAUUUUUCUUUGGUUAAUUAUAUUUUAUAUCAAUGGAAACCUAUCUAUUUAUUUUGUAGAAAAGCCCAGUAGAUGGCCUUUAAAGAGCACACCACUACUCUAAGGGUAAGCUCACCAGCCAGUCUAACCGACUAAUUAACAAAUAAUAUAUUUCAUGUAUACCUAGCUCAACCUACAUACGAAUAUUGCCCACUAAUUGUACUUUUAUACUUUAUUCGUCAUAUAAUUUUAUUGAACUUCUACAGUGUAGCUAAAUAAUCGUAUGACCUCAACGAAUUUCAAUAUAAUUAUAGAUCAGUAAUAUUGGUUGUAUACGGUGAUUCAUUGAUACGUGUCAGUAGGUUUUAAUAAAAUCGAGAUACCUCUGCUUGGUUUUGUUUGUUUUUCAAUAAAAAUGAGUUUUACCACAUCAAAAAUCUUAGUUUUCCCAAAUUUUUACUACAAAAGCA